UAAGGAGUGUGACCAAACAGCCAAUGACAGAAAAUAUAUUUCCAAAUAAAACCUACUCCAAGUGCGGCGCGGGCGGGGCGUUUUUCGUGAAAAUCUACGCACGGAACGGACUUUUCGUAGUUUCCCGAUAGUAGCAUCCGUUUGUUUUGUUCUAUUUUUUUUCUGUUCGCCCGCCAUUCGAUCAAUGAAGUGCCAUUUAGUCGAUUGUGAUUCUGGGUGAUUCACCGCCGAUGCCAAACAGGAGGAAACACCUCCUUCUCCUCCGCUACUUUUCGUGUGUGGUUGUUUUUGGUGUGUGGGCAGGAAUCCCGACUCGACUGCAAUGCACUCGGCGCAGCAACAACAAAGCUAACGCCGCCUAGUGACGCGAAAAAUCGGAAUCGAAGCUAACCCAUGGAUAACAAGGAUUAGGCCGUGCAACAAGGAGCAAUAGGCAGCUGGAAAGUGCAAUAAAUUUCGAAUCGCAUUUGCAGUUGGGGGGAACUCGAACUCGAACUGGAGUUGGAGUUGGAGUUGGAGUAGGCGUAUUGGGCAAGAGUGUGCGAGCCAGAGCGAGAGGGCAGCAGUGCAUGUGUGUGAGUGCAUAAACUCCAAAUUGUGUGUUCGGGCCUGCUUCGGUUUCUCUUCGGUUAUCGUUCGGUAUUUUCGCCCACGCAGCAGGGGGAGCAACAACUCCACUACAAGCGAAAGAGAGAGAGAAAGAGAGUAAGAGAGAGCAAGGAAGCAGCGGGCUCCAGCGAAAAUGCAUGGGACACCAAGCACAAGGCACAAAGACAAAGUGCACAGUUAGCUAAAAAAAAAAAAAAAAAAAAAAAAAAAAAAGAAGAGGGAGAGAAACAGAAAUCGGAAUAGCGGUUAACGGGUCCCUUGUACUGCGAAUCGUUGAAAUUCAAGACGGAUCGCCAUCGCAUUUCUUCAAUUUCUUCAAUUAUGCCGAACUUUGGGGCUGCAUCUGUCUUUGCUGCUGCCUUCGCCCCCUCUUCUGCUUCUGCCCCCACUUCUUGUGCUUCUGUUUUCGUUUCUGUGCAAUAAGCGAUCAUCGCAGCAAACACACAAAGAAAGGGAGGAGGAAACGAGACAGCGAGCCAUCGAGAGCCUGCUAGGAGAGCACUCUCAAUUUACUGACGACUCCCACUCCCAUUCCCACUCCCGCGCCCCGCUACUCCUACUCAAUUGGCCUGUACUAUGGAUUGUGGUGGUCUUGCGGCUCAACAACAACAGCAACAACAACAACAAAAUCAGCAACAACAACUCUCAAUCCAGCAACAACUGCAACAACAAAAGGCUCUCAGUUGCCUUGAGGAAGCAGCAACAAUAACAAAUAUCAACCUAAAAGGCAUUUUGGUGGGCAGUGCCGCCAGCGGGCCAGGAGCCGGAGCCGGAACAGGAGCCGGAGCAGGAGCAGUUGCCCCUGCGGGCGGAGACUCCCCUGUGGGCGCUGGCGUCAAGCUGCGCAGGCACAGCGACCGACCCUUGACCGGCGAGGCAUCCAGCAUCCAGCAGUCGCACACCUACCGCAUCUCCAUGGCCAACCUGGAGGACACCCAGGAGUCGGAGCUGGACCAGAUCCUGGGCGAACUGAGCCUGCUGGAGCACCAGAUAAGCUAUGACCAGGCCACGCUCCUCCUGGGAGGGGCGGGAGGAGCUGCCAACAUGUCCUCCGGAGUCCUCCGGCCAGGCCUUCCGCCCGGCGGAGGAGGCGGGAAUCCGAUGGCGUCUAUGUCGGCCUCCUCGUCGCGCUCCCACUCGCGCACCAACAGCACCAUCUCGGCGGACGUGAGCAGCUGCUCCUCGUCGGGGGUGUCGGAGAACGGCCACAACAGUAGCGCUGGCGGGGGCGGUAUGAUGGGGAGCCACCAGACCCCGCCGCCGCCGCCUCACCCGCCGGUGGCCGGCAUGACGAUGGGCAUCACGCUGGGCGUGGUGACGCCCCGGGAGCCGCGCACCGAGUCCCCCGACAACGACUCCGCCUUCAGUGACACCGUCUCCCUGCUGUCCAGCGAGUCGUCCGCCUCCUCGAACGCCUCCCUCCAGCAGCAGCAGAUCCAGCAGCAGCAGCAGUUGCAACAGCAGCAGAUGGGUGGCUUGGGCGGAGGAGCUGGACACGGGCAGCGCGGCCAGGUGGCCCGGAACGGCAACAACAUCUCCAAGGCGGCCAAGAUCCAGCUGGCGCUGCACAAGCUGGAGCACCCCUCCAUCCGGCGGCUGUUCGUCAAGGCGUUCACCGCGGACGGUGCCUCCAAGUCCCUCCUGGUGGACGAGCGCAUGAUCUGCGGCCAUGUGACUCGGCUCCUGGCCGACAAGAACCACGUCCAGAUGCAGCCCGUCUGGUCGCUGGUGGAGCACCUGGGCGAUCUUCAGAUGGAACGCCUCUUCGAGGACCACGAGCUCCUGGUGGACAACCUGAUGAACUGGAACUCGGAUGGCGGCAACCGCGUGCUCUUCCAGCAGCGGGCCGACAAGGUGGCGCUCUUCGCCCGCCCAGAGCUGUACCUGCCGGGCCCCCAGAUGGCGCCGGGCUGCCAGCACGAUGACCAGACCCGCCACAUGCUCCUCGACGAGUUCUUCGAGGCGCCCGUCCAACCGGCCCUCCAGCUGGACGGACCCCUCUACAUGAAGGCCGACCCGAAGAAGGGCUGGAAGCGCUACCACUUCGUCCUGCGCACUUCCGGCCUCUACUACUUCCCCAAGGAGAAGACCAAGAACACCCGCGACCUGGCCUGCCUGACCCUCUUCCAGGGGCACAACGUCUACACCGGGCUGGGGUGGCGCAAGAAGUGGAAGGCGCCCACGGACUUCACCUUCGGCUUCAAGGCGGCGGUGGACUCCUCGCUGGGCAAGUCCUGCCGCUCCCUCAAGAUGCUCUGCGCCGAGGACAUGCCCACGUUGGACCGCUGGCUGACGGCCAUCCGGGUGUGCAAGUACGGGAAGCAGCUGUGGCACAGCCACAAGAUGCUCCUCGAGGAUCUCUGCCUGGGCGGCGGCGGCAGCGGCAACGGCAACGGCACCGGCUCCGGUGGUCGCUCCGAUGGCGACGCCGUCUCCCAGUCCAGCUUCGCCGCCUCGAUGCGCAGCGAAUCGAUCUCGAGCAUUUCGUCGGCGGUGCCGUCGCAGUGCGGCAGCGUCUCCUCGGCCAUCAGCAGCAUGUCCUCGACGAUCUCGACCAGCGGCCGCACCUCGCGCGCCUCCAGCAGCAGCUCCAGCGGCUGCCUGUCGGACGACAACAACGGCUUCGACUCGGAGUUCACCACCGGGACCAUUAAGCGCAAGCCCUCGAUGAAGCCCAACCUGCCGCUGACCACCAUGACGCGCCAGCUGAAGGAGGUGGGCGAGAUCACCAUCUGCGAGAGUGCUGGCGGGGAUGCGGCCAGCUCCCCGGAGCGGAGCGGCACUCUGACGCGUCGCCACAGUCGCCGCAAGUCCCAGGAGAGCAACGGUAGCGGCACCCUCAAGCGCCGCCCAGUUCCGGUUGUGAAACAGCAGCAGCAGCAGGUGGCGGAGCCAGUGGCGAUGGGAGGCAGUGCCUCCUCCAACUCGUCCAGCAGCAACUCGACGCCCACGCCCACGCCUAGUAUCUGCGCCAAGCCGCCGCCAGGCGACGUCGCCUCGAUGAUGUGCUCCUCCACCCUGUCCCUGGACUCGUUGCCGCCACCGCCGCCUCCGGUUGCCUUCGAGGGCGCCGACGAGCAGGACGUGUACGGCUCCCAGCUGUCGCUGGCUUCGCUGCCGCCUCCGCCGCCGCCCGAGGACGUCCUGGCCAUGACCUAUGCCGCCGGGCCGUCCAGUCCGGCCACCCCCACGAACAUUAACCCAGCGCCCCUGGGCAUGGGUAUGGGCAUGUCAGGGGACAUCAGGGGAGCCAUGCCCAACAGCAACGGCGCCCUGCCGCCGGCCGUGCCGGCCAAGCCCGUGAAGCCCGCCGGAGUGCUGAAGGCUGCUCCGCCGUAUAAGGCGCCGCCGGACUACGUGGGUCCCGCCUACCAGCAGCAGCAGAUGCAGGCUGGUCCGCCGCUGCCGCCGCCGCCGCCCGCCCAGAAGAAGGUCUCCUUCGCGGACUCGCCGGUGCUGCUGCGCCGGAAAAUGUGCUCCCCGGAACCGGUGCUGCCCCAGCGCUCGCCCAGCACCACGCUGAGUUGCCACUCAAGCGUUUCCAGCGGCGGCUCCGGUUCGGCAUACCACAUCUACGCCCCGGGACCAAUGCUGCCGCCGCGCACCGAUCUGGCCCGCCUCUCCAGCCAGAGCAACGGCAGCAGCAGCGGCGAGGUGACGUCCCCAAAGCGCCUGCAGGAGUCGGCUUCGAACCCGCCGCGCGACUUCCUCAAGGAUCUGCAGCGCGUGAUGCGCAAGAAGUGGCAGGUGGCGCAGAAGUGCAAGCUGGAGCCGGCCACCACGCCGCACGAGGUGCUGGGCUUCCGGGACUUCAGCAACGAGGACCUCCUGGCCGCCCACAACCUUAACUCGGGGGCGAACUCGUCGCACUACUACCGGGAGACGGCCAACGUGAGCCACUGGGUGCGGGAGCACUACGAGUACGCCCACAACGCUCUCUACGAGAACGUGCACGGGCAGACGAACGGCGCCGGCCAGGUGGGGGCCAAUCCGAUGCUCAACCUGGCCAUGAAUCCGGGCGCAGGCGAUGCAGCAGCCGGCUCCCCGCCGCCACCGCCGCCGCCAGCUAUGGGAGCGGCCAAAAAGCGUCCGCCACCACCACCGCCGAAGCGCAGCGACAAGACGCACCUGACCAACCGGGUGUAAGAUGCAGUGCAGACAGCAGCAGCAGCAUCCAGCGAGCAGAAUCAUAAUUCCUAUCUACGUUUACGGAGCGCGACAUUAAAAGAAUACGACUACGAAGGCGAAACACUAAUAGUACGCACAGGCGUACGACUAUAGUUGCUAAGGAUAUAUGCUAUGGCCACGCCCACUUCUCUCUCACAAGUAUUAUCAUAAGUCGGAGAAUCACUCCUCGACCCCUCGUAGCCCACUCGCUUUCGAAGAGCUCUUUCGAAUAUGGAAUGGGGGAAUAUUUGGUAUAGGGAACAGAUCCGGAACCCAUCAGUUCGUCGUCUGUCUUAGUAAAAAUAUUUAAGCUAAAUUCUAGAUUGUAAAAAGCAGGAGCAACCUAUAUUAAUAAUGAAUUUUUUUAAACGAUAGUGCAUUAUUUUACAAAAAUAAUCAAACGAGCGUCAGAUUAAGUGUACAUUGUUUUCGAUUUUAAUUCUUCAUAUUCUUUUAAAUUCUUUUGUUUAUUUAGUUGCUACAAUUGCUAUUUUUAGUCUCAUCAUCAUUGUUUUAGUUGCGAUUCUUGUAUCCGAGUAGUAAACGUUCUUCAGGCGCAUGAAAUGCGCUGCGCUAGCAAGGAAAGCCUUAUAAUUGAUAUAAGAAAACUCAGUAUGAGUUGAUCAACCUAAAUUUGAGUUUCUGUUUUUGAAAGCCUCGUUUGAACCUUGAAACUUGAAACUUGAGCCCCACAUAGAUUAGUCAAGUUCCUCCGUAGCGAAGAGUACUCGAUGUACGUAUAGAUCAGGCCAUAAAGUCCUCCGGGACUUGCAUAUCCAGACUAAAUUACGGGCAAUAAGCGCAAAGGGAAUUUCAUAUUUCUGUACACAAAUCAAACACUAAUUGUAAUAAUUGUAAUGGUAGAUAUUAAUUUUGCAAAGGAAAUAAAAGCCCUCGGCCUUUGGUAGUUGUAA